CUUUCUUAUAGACUAACCCGACAGUUCCCCGGCUCAUCAAAAAGUUUCGGCUGUUGCCAAAAGAUCAUCCUUCGGAGGAUCUCUGUUGUAUUUAUAUAUUUUAUAUUAUUUAUCAUAUAGGACGAUUCUCUACACAGCAUGUCUUCAUCAGCCGAUGUCUCACCAUCUGCGACCCCUUCCUCCACACCCCUAAGCAGUACUCAUGCACCGAAAUAUGGCACAGUCAUCCCUAAUCGCAUAUUUGUUGGAGGAAUUGCAGCUAACACAUCUGAACAAGAACUAAAGCAGUUUUUUGCUGCUUAUGGAGCUGUUAAAGACUCCAAGAUUAUUGCAGACCGAGCCGGGGUCUCUAAAGGGUAUGGUUUCAUAACUUUUGAAAACCAAGAGGAUGCAGACAGAAUCAUUAAGAAAGAGUCGGAUAACCUCGUGUUCAAGGAGAGGAAGCUGAACAUUGGCCCAGCGGUCCGUAAACAGGUUACCCAGUCUGAUCAAGUGUUGCCAAGAGCCUUUGGCGUGGAAUCACUGGCCACGGAUACCUUAGAUGCCUCUAUUCCUGCAGGAACUGUACUGUUGGCCAAUGGAGUGCCUUACACAUAUCAAAAUGGAAUGGCUAUAUUCCACGCCCCUGAGGGAGGCUAUCCAAUCGCCCAGCCACAGAUAAGUUCAGCAUCACUGUCGGCUAUGAUGGUCCCUCAGACGCCAACAAUGUAUCUAGCUCCUCAAUAUACAUACCCUCCAUUGGGCUUCGAUAAUUCAGAAGCCAAACAUCAAGAUACCACAACAUCCAGGCAAUAUUAUAUGACUACCCCACAAUGGACCUCCCCCAGUGGACAGUGGAGAUGGACCACACCGCAGAGCCCUCAGCAGGCGGUGACAGGAUCCCCAGGCUACAUCUAUGCCACCACCAUGCAUAGCCCUCCUGAGCUGAUGUAUGCCCAGGCCCCACCUCACGGCUACCCCACAGAGCACGGGGAACCGGGCUUGAUGUCUGAUGGCCAGCAAGCAGUCGAGGCAAGUUAUCUACCCAAACCAAUUGAGUCGUCCAUUCUGACUGCCCAUCCUUACCUCACAGACACUGUGGCCACCACCGAGUCCAAAGAACUCCUGCCUCCCAGCUCUUCUCAGACUGGUAUAGGGGCCCAAACGGGGCUUCAACCACUGACGCUGCCUAUUAGCUCAGUAGCGAGCUUGGUCUCUGAGCCAGGCAAACCAUCGUCUAUUUUUACUAGGCCUUUGUAUAUGAACAGUCCAUCUUCGCAGUAUGUAGGGGGUGCAUAUCAAAGUUUAAUGCCGUAUGCUUCCCCUUCUGUAGCCUCCCAGGGGGCAGUCACUUUUCCCUCGGUGUCGGCCUCCGUUGCCCCUUACCACAAAAAGGGUGGCCCCACUUCAGUGCUCCGUCGCCGUUACAAUUCAAACCCUGCUUUUUUAGUUAAACACGGCCACAAAAUGCAACAAGUCAUGAUGCCAACUAAAGCCAUUACAGCUAAUGGUCACCUUACCUAUUUACACAGUGAUUGUAGCGCAGUAGGCGACAUGUCCUCUGAGACAAAACACUCGAUAUUAACCCCUCCCCCUACACCAGAUGUGUAAAGAACACAAGUUUCUUUUUAGCACUAGACAGUUUUGUUGCCAAGUUUGAAUGUUUUGUUCUUGUUAUUUGUUUUUAAUUUCUUUAUCAAAAAAAUUGUUUGGUUGUAAAUGGAAACAUGGCAGUUUAUUCGUUGUUGGGAAAGAUUUUUUUUUUAAUUGUGGGUGAUGAUUUUGUUUUAUGCUUGUAAAUAACUGUAUCCUAGUAUUCAGGUAAAAGUGAAUGUCGGGAAGUAAAAGUGAAAGUCGGAAAGUAACAACGGGUGAUGUGUGUUUUGUCAGCAAGGUUUGCAAAGUAUGUCGUUAAUGCUUUUAGUACUUAGUGUCUAUACUUGGUAUUGUCUCAUUUUAUGGAUUGUAUGUUCAGAUUGGGGAUAAGUUCAUAUAUUUACAUUGCACGUGUUUGAAAAAGAUGGAGCAGUAGUGUGUGCCAUAGGUAUAAGUUGAUUAUCUGGACAUGAAAAUAUUUAGCGUAGUAUCAGGAUUUGCAAUUAUACUAAAUGCCAUUUAUACCUUAGCAUAAUAUCCUUUACUAGUAUUGCAUGCUUAAGAAAAUUCAGCUUUUUUGGAAUGUAGUUUAGAUGUAAAAGAAUGCAUCAAUACAAUAGUUUAUAUUUUUUAUCCCACAAUCUGUAGUCUUUUGCAUGUAAAAUAUUUUGUCAAGGUUAUUUGUCCAAGUAUUGGAAUUUUUAAAUCAUCAGAAAAAGAAGAAUUCUUUUGCUGAGUUAAAAACAGAUGAUAGAUUAAACUUGUAUUUUUUUUCCCAUUCAAAAAAACAGAUUUUAACAAGCAUGAUAAUGAGAGUAGAUUAAGAAAAAAAACCUUUGUUGUUAGAUGAUAUAGCCACAGUUGAUUGUAGAAUUUCCAAGAUCUGUUUUAAAUAUUUAGAUGUUUUAGAUUGUGUAAUCACUGUUUAUGGUGUAUAUUAAUAUUUUUCAGUAUACUACAUGUAUUUACUUUGUUGAAAACUAUUUCCUGCCUAUUUUGUUGCCUUUUUUUCUACUGUAAAAAUAUAGUAAUAAGAAGAAAACAGUAUGUUUUGAUAUUGUAUUUAUAUAUCCCUGUUGCCUCACUGUAAUCGUGUUAUAUUUAAGACCUUUAUCUAGUUGCACUGUGGUUUCUAAAUCAUUCCAUGCUUUUUGUUUUGCCGUUUAUGAAUAUUCUGUGUUUUUUUUUCUCCCUUUAUUUUAAAAAGAUAUUCAUAUAGAUAAGACUCUUUGUUUCCCAACUGCUCUUGUAUAUUUGAAAGCUGCAUUGGCAUUCUUUUGAUGUCCGUAGGGGAAUUGAAAUUUGUCGUAGCAAAAUUUAGUGCUUUUCGAGUUGUUGGUUUUCUAUCCCCUUGUAGAAAGAUUGAUGUAUAUGAUAUGUUUUACUGUAGAUGGCAUUCUGCUAGUUUCUCAUUGUAAAAUGUUGCUAUAUUGUACAUAAAGUGAGACAUAAUUGAAUAUGUAGCUCCCUCGAUUACAUGUGUUUGUUUAGAAGAUGCUGUAAACUAACUUUUAUUCGUGGGCGAAAAAUUUCCGCAAGGUUUUUCGAGAGCCUCAUUGUCACUGUCAGUAAGUCCUUAUUGUGUGGUUGUUAUUGAAACACAUGUGUAGAUAAGACUUGUUCAUAAAGUUAGUUAACACGCACCAAUUUAUCUUAGGAAAUGGUUACAUAAAGUCGUGGCGAUUAAGGUUUGGUUUACAACUAGUUCUCUUUGUAUGUUUAAUGUGUCAUGAUGUCUCUGUUAUCGUGACACACAAUCAAACCAUGACAUUCAUAUAAAAAAAAAAAUCAGACUACUUCACCUUGACCAUUUUGUACAUGCAUCAUUUCAUUUGUGUAGUUCAUGCAACUUUUAUUUCUGCCUAUUAAAGAAAUAUGUAAAUCCAAGCAGAUGAAAAUGCAGCAAACAUACUUGAUGCCAUGAACGAAGGAUAUACAAGGUUUAUUUUUUCAUAUAUGAAGGAAGUGUUCCUUAGAUCUAUUGUUUAAUAUGUAACUUGCAUGUAAUCUUUUUUUUUUUUUUGUGCGUGGUGAAUUUUCAUAUCAAGUUUUCUUGGGAUAAAAUGUACACUUUUGGUAUUUUUUCUUCAAAAAUUGGAUUUAUAAGAAACAUGUAAAUUUCGAAGUGUUCUACAGUGUUUUGAUUAAAUUGCUGAUCCUCUA